AUGAAGGAUCGAGUCAACUCCAAGAAAGAGUAAUAGAUAGAUAAUAUGACAAACGAUGAAGUCGUUAAUGAGUUAAAGGAAAAGAAAUUACCAACAUUUGGAACAGUAGUUGAAAGAAAAGAUAGACUAAAGAAGCAUUACGGUAGGUUAAUUUAUUAGAUCUAAAUAGUAAUAGGUAUCUAAGGUGUUGGCAUGCCUGCUGCAGUGAAUGAUUCAACUCUCAAAGAUGGAACAAACAAUAUUUAACUCAGUAGUGCUGCAAUUGCAGCUAAUGCAGCGAAGAAGACAUCAUGUCUAGAGGAAAUUGAAAGAUUAAAGUAAAAUAGAGAGGAAAGACGUAAGAAAAUGGAUGAUUUGAGGAAGUAAAAGACUGAGAGAGAGUAAUAUAAUGAGGCUUAGGGCAUAAAAGUUGAUGUAGAUUUCUAAGUGAUGGUCGAAUAAAAUAUGAGAAAUGUUCCUUAAAUGUCACCGCAUAUUCCAGCCGAUUAAUUAAAGAUUUGCGUUUGUGUGAAAAAGAGACCUAUAUUCAACUCUGAGCUUUCUGCUGGCGAUAUUGAUUGCGUUUCAGCCUCAAAUCCUAACAUUAUUGUCCACGAGUGCAAAUACAAGGUCGAUGGUAUCACCAAAUUUAUUGAUAACUCUGACUUCGAGUUCGACAAUACCUUCUCACACGAUGAAUCCAAUCAAGAUCUCUAUUUUUACUCUAUCAGGCCAAUCUUAGAUUUAGUUUUUAAUUGUGGUAUUGUUACUGUUUUCGCUUAUGGAUAGACUGGUUCUGGUAAAACUUACACCAUGCAAGGACUUUAAGAACUGGCUAUAAAAGAUUUAUUCGAUAGAGGUGUUAACUAUUUCUAAGAGCACAAUAGAAAUUUUACUGUUACAGUUUCAAUGUAUGAGAUAUAUGGAGGAAAAGUCUAUGAUCUCAUUAAUAAUCAUGAAUAGCUUAAAGUCUAAGAAGACAAAAACUAGAAGAUAUAGAUUCAUGGAUUAAAAGAAUAAUUUGUUCAGUCAGAAGAAGAAAUCCUAAACCUCAUUGCCUUUGGAAACAGUGUAAGAACUACUCAUGCUACAAAGGCUAAUGACACCUCAAGCAGAAGUCAUGCUGUUUGCCAAAUAAAGGUACAUGAGGAAGGAAUCAAGCAAGCUGGUCGUUUGCUUUUGGUUGAUUUAGCUGGAAGUGAAAGAGCCUAAGAUUGUUAAAGCAACAAUAAAGAUAGAUAACAGGAAGGUGCUGAAAUCAAUAAAUCACUUCUGGCGUUGAAAGAAUGUGUUAGAGCCCUAGACGCCUAAAAGGCUAAUACAACUAAUUAGCAUGUUCCAUUCAGAGGUAGUAAAUUAACUAUGGUCCUGAGAGAUUCAUUUAUUCAAAGUGAUAAAAAUAAGAUCUUUAUGCUCGCUUGUAUUUGUCCAGGCAGUAGCUCAGCAGAUCACACUCUAAAUACUCUAAGAUAUGCUGAGAGGUUGAAGGAAAGAAGUGGAAAUCAGAAUCAGAAUAUACCUAAUGGAGGUCCUCCCAAUCAUUAACAAACGUAUAAUCCAAAUUAGUUAGAAGAGCAGCUCAAACUCUUUAAGAAAUAAAAUUCGCUCAAGUAUAUUUCAAAUGAUAACGAGAAAGAAUAGCUUCCGCCGUAAUCACAUGCCAGUCAAUAGCAACCUAUUAAGAAAGCUUAGACAAAUAUUCCAGUCAUUUAAACUAAAAAUAUUAAUAAUCCUUAGAACAGAGAUAGCAUUCCGAUGAAACCAAACAAGGAACUAUUUUAUCAUUAAAAUCAAAAUUAGGAGGAGAAAUCAUUCUCAGACUAUGGCAACGAAGAUAUGUAUGAUGGUGAUAUUAUCAUGUUGGAUGAACCCACUGGAUUGUCUUCCUAACAAACUAAGAUAAAAUCUAUAUUGCCACCUAAAAAUCAGUCGCCAUAGAGUAAACUUCAAAAGCCUUCACUUCAAACUGCUUAGUAGUAAAAGCACAACUUUUAGUAAUAGCCCAAAACAAGUACAAACAAUGCAACUAGUGCAUUAAUUUAAAAGCAAGGUCUUUAGCAAAAGCCUGUUAUUCAAAAUAAAUAUUAACAGCAGCAGCCUUCUUAAUAGUAACACCAAUAAAACUAAAACCAUGCACCUUAAUAAAACCAUCAUAAUUAGCAGCCUCAAUAUUCUCAGCAGCAAUAAAACCAUAAGUUCAAUAAUUAGCUUAAGAAGCAAGAUGAUUCAUUUUUAAAUGAAGAUGAGCCUUACAACAUGAACAACAUCUCUCCAAGAUAAAAACAGCCAAAGCCUCAUUAAGUAAGCUCUAUAGUUUAGAGAAAAAGCCAAGAGCCAAAUAUAAACUCAAACUAGAAAGAUUUAUAAAUGAAGAUAUAAACUCCUCCAAAAUAAAUGCCUUAUGUUGCUUACAAUAAUGUGAACUAGUAACAGUAAGACGAGGAUGAUAUGAUGGGCUAUGACGAUGAUAGAAUCGCAGCUGAGGAAAACAUCCUUAAUGGCCACCUUGAGUGCGUCAAGGAAGAAGCUUAAUUAAUAACUCAGGAGGGAGAGCUUAUCACAAAGAUUGAGAAAGCUAUGGUCAACGAUGCCAACUAUGACAUGAAGGGCUAUCUUGACAUGGCUGAGAUCAUUGCCAGAAAGAAGCUUGAGAUGUAUUCAAAAUUAUUAAACGAUAUAAGUGACUUCAAGGGUAGAUUCGCUCAUGAGCUUUGA